AAAUUAAUUACGAAAAAAGAGGAAAUUCAAGUAUUCAACUGCCCAACAACAUGCUUCCAAGUUCAUAUUUCUCCACAAAUUUUUCAAUGUAAUCACCGCUUAAAACUCCCUCUGUAACAAACCCAUUCCCUCUAUAUAUACCAAUCGAUCAAUGAUUAUUCGUUGAAAGAAAAAAAUCCCAAUUUGGCUUUCAUCUGCUGAUUCCAUUCACGAUUCAAUUUCCCUAUUUUCAUUGCGAUUUUUUCGUUGAUCUUCAGUGUUUUGAUUACAAUCUAAUGGGAUUUGGAUCGAUCUUCAAUCGGAAAAAGAAGCGACGUCCCACGGAUUCAUCCGCUUCACCACCCGAUGUUCCGUCGAAGGAAUCGUUGUUAGUCCAAUCCCCGAUCCGACCUCCUAUGGGGAAUUUCACCGAAACCCAACUCCGAGAAAUCGAGGAAGUGUUCAAGAAGUUCGACGCCAACGGCGACGGCAAGAUCUCGGCGUCGGAGCUCGGUUCCAUCUUGAAAUCACUCGGGCAGCGUCCCUCCGACGAGGAACUCGAGAACAUGAUCAAGGAACUGGACGUGGACGGCGACGGGUUCAUCGAUUUCCACGAGUUCAUCGAGCUGAACACCAAAGGGAUCGACUACGAAGAAAUUCUGGAGAACCUGAAGGACGCGUUCUCGGUGUACGAUAUCGACGGCGACGGUUCGAUAUCGGCGGAGGAACUCCACGAGGUGCUUCAGAGCCUCGGCGACGAAUGCUCGAUCGCCGAGUGCAGGAAGAUGAUAAGCGGCGUGGAUAAUGACGGGAAUGGGAUGAUUGAUUUCGAGGAGUUUAAGGUAAUGAUGAUGGCCGGAGCCACUUUCGGUUCCAUUCAAACUAACGAGAGAAAUGUUGCCGUCUAAAUCAAUUCUCCAUUGUUUCUUUCUUCCCACUGGUAAUUUCCCCCCCUCUGGUUAAUUGGUUAGCAGCAGAUUUGUUUCUUCUUCUAAAUUUCUACUUAAAUGGAUAA